GAGAAUAUGCAAAGUAUUUGUGUGAUGAUUGCCAGUCCGACACAUUGACAUUGAAACGAUCAUGGAGGAAGACAAACAUAUGAAGCUUCACCCAACAGCGGUGGGCCAAGGCAGCACCAGGGGGAAAACGUUCACCUCUAGGAAAGAAUCCAUCAUCAACGCAUUCCCUAUUUAUGGUAGUCCGGCCAAGGGUGACCAAUCUCCAGGAGUCCGUGGGAAAGGCGAUUCUGGCGAUAAAUUUGAAUUCCCAGAAAAAGAAGAUUCGGUCGACAUUAAUCCGAGCAACUCGACCAAUGAAGAGCCCAUCACUCCCAAAAGCAAGAAUAGCGUUCCCUCCACAUUGCAGCCUUAUUUGAAAGUGGCUCAGGAUCAUGCCUUUGACAAGUUCAACAAAUCUCCACGAUCCAUCAGGAAAGUCAGCAUAUCCAAGAAAUAUGGGGAAAUGGAACUCACCCUCGACUUAAAUGAUGGUGGUGGAGAUUUUAAAAGUGUGGACAGCACCGUUUCACUAGAUUUGGCGGACAACCACUCCACCCAUCAAAUGGAAAUUGAAGAGUAUCCCACCCAAUAUGUUGAAGAACCCAUGACCCGAAAGACGGCGGCCUUUUGGGAGCAUUUUUCGGUGAUCUCGUCCAUCAUUUAUGCCGUGGGCGUGUUCAUCGUUGGCUUCAUCUUCUACGUAGGCGAUAUCUUUGUGGACUCACGAGGACCUCAAUUUUGGACUGAGUAUUUCAACAUAUUUUUGAGCACGCUAGGAAUCGUUUGGUUGAUCUGGCUCAUGGUGGACGUCAAUCUGCAUCUGCGAAUGAUCGACGAAGAAGAUCGAGAGACGCCAAUUAAUGUGAAGAAAGUCAUUACCAAUGACAAUGGAACUAUGACGUUCGUGACGAAAUCAAAAAAUCUUCAACUGUUCUACGCUUUUGCCUCGGGGCGACACACUGGCUCUGUGUUCCUCAAAAUUGGAGCCACCCUGUUCUGUUUGGGUCAUCUCGUUUUCACUGGGCUUAAAUUUGCCAGACAGAUCGUGUUUUUCAUCGACGAUAAUGGGAUUGACCAUUGCAAGAACAUCGCUGAUCUCGUGUACUGUUUGGUAAACGGUGUAUACUCGUUCCUCUUACUUUAUAUUCUCUUCAAGUACUCCAAUGUGAUUGUGAAUAAGUCUCGCGUUUUGGCUCGAUUUGCUUUCAUGCACUGCAUUGCAGCAUCGCUCUGCUUUUGGAUAUUCACCAUCGUACAAGAAACAGUGGACACCAUUGUCUCGAAAGAGUAUUUCCCGACCAAAACCAAAUGCUAUUCGGAUGACAAAUCUCCGACCUUUUUUGGAAAUUGGCGUGAUGCCGAUGAUGGAGUUGCAGUGUUAUGCUAUAAAGUGAAUAAUACGUGCGGUGAAACUCGGGAGUCUCAAGGGCUGGAUUUUGAUGUGGAAUGCAAGUUAUCCGAAAUGUGCGAAUGUGCCGAUAACAAUGACAUUGCCAAGUAUAUCUUUCAACUAGGGCCCUACUUGUACCCAUUUAGCAUUGAAUUCAACAUUCUGAUUGUUGGAGUGCUUUACGUAAUGUGGAGUAAUAUCGGAAACAUCACACAUAAUCCUCACGAAACCUUGACAUCGCCCCGAAACAGCCUUUUUCUGAACACGCCAGAUAAUCAAUUAAACGAUUCGAUGUUUGUGGUUGCGGAUUGUCAUUCCACUCACACUGGUAUCUUUGUGGGAUUAUGUUACUUCAUUAUCACUUUGAUUGGACUGAUCUUGUUUUUCAUCUUGAUUGGCUCCACGGAUUGUGACUUAGUAUCAGUGGGAAUCACCAUUAAUGAUAGUGUGGAAUCCGUACUGCUUGCCUUUCUAAUCAUAGCUACAGUUUGGGCGUAUUGGAGAAUGGGCCAUUUAGAUGUCAAUCCUAAUGCAGUGUCAUUUUUGGACGACUUGCUGUUGGUCAUUUGCAUCCCUUCUUUUUUUCUGUACUUUAUGGUUAGUUUGUUACCCAUUUUUGAAGGAUCAAACACGUCAUACGGCACUUUAUUGACCAACGUUUUCAUGAUCAUCCAAGUUUGCAUUCAAACUCCCAUGAUUGUGGAUGGUUUGAGACGUUGCAGUGAAAGAGAGAACGAUCAAAGACGAAAACCUGGCAGAAAUCUGUUGACUUUUUUGAUUAUUGGAAACAUCGCCAUUUACAUUUGGGAAACCAUGGAAGUGAAAGGCACGGCGUAUCAGCAGAGUCGUAAGGACUUUUAUGGAAAUACUCUGUGGACACUUCUGAGCCAUUUGACUUUGCCGUUAUGCAUCUUUUAUCGCUUUCAUGCUUCAGUGGCCUUGGUGGACAUUUGGAACGGGGCGUACGCCCCGCCCGAAGAAGGGCAUUAACAUGAUAUCCUGUUUCUAAUUUAGAUGAAUUACUCUUAAUAAACUAAACUCUAAAAAAACAGGUACGAAAGAGUGAGUU